UUCUCUUUUCAUGUUUCUUUCCUUUUAAAUAUUUAUGUAGUUAUUACUUUGUAUUAUUUAUAUUUUUGUUCAGUGUAACAAUAAUAGAUAUACUAUUCAAAUAAGUGAAAGUAGCCUAAAAAUUGAAUUUUUUUGACAAGUAUUCUACAUGAAUUAAAAAAAAUACAACGAAUGUACAACAGAACAACAUCAAAUUGUGAACAUGGCACGUCCAGGGUUCAAAUUACUCGCAGGAUUGCUUUUUUUUCUUAAUUAUUGUACAGCAAAUCAAAUGAGAGAAUUGAAGAUCCAUGCAUUGCCUGUUUAUGCAAUGUUAUCAAACGCAGAACUCUUAAACUCAACUCAAUGUGGAAAGGAACUUACUGAAUUUCGACAAGCCAUUGAUCAGCAAAAAUUAUGGAGUUUAAAAGUAUUUUAUUUUUUUUAUUUAGUAAUCGAUGCUARCGGCGAACCGAGAUCAGGAUUUAUAUAUGGCAAUAAUUAUUGGUUGGGUAGCAGAAGUCAAUGCGAAGAUGCAGGAAACAGAGAGCCCUAUGAAUUGUCGCCAGAYGUAUUACGAAACAAUUCAAAAUAUCGUCAUAUGGAGGAGGAAUUUCCACCAUUCAAAGUGAAAUUUUUUGUUGCUAAUUUUCGACAUAAUAGCACUUUACAAUAUCACUUCGAAUUGCCCGAAGAAGAUUUGAUAAUAUUAGGUAUGUGCUUACCAGAAUCCUGUUCGAAGGACCAUCUUUCUACUCUUCUAGAAAUCUUGUUGAGAAAUAGAACUCUUUUUAAAGGCGAAUUAUAUUCAGCAGAYUUUACGUUGGUUGAAGUAAGAGAUCUAGUCGAUGACCAUCGAUGGUUAUUAAGUGGAACAUUUAUUACAAUGACAGCAAUAAUCAUACUCACAUUACUAUUAAUGAUAAUAGGAACGGCUUACGAUCUUCUGAUAUAUCAAAAACAAUUAAAGAAACAUUACAAAUAUAUUCAAGACCGAGACAAUUUACAAGCAAGAGGUGACACACAAGCACCAAACGAUAAUAACAUUGAUCAACCGGAAAAACUAAAAUACCAAAGUUUUCUUUGGAACAUGUUUUUAGCUUUUUCUGCAUAUUCAAACACGAAAAGAAUAUUUAAUAUGAAAUCUGAGAAUGCUGGUAUUCCGGUUAUACACGGAUUAAGAUUUUUURCGAUGAUAAUGAUUAUUUUAAUUCAUGUAUCUUACUUUUCAAAGGAUUUUGUAGAAAACCGGUCAAUUGCUAUAAGAAAAAAACAAGAAUUUUUUGGUCAAAUAGUAUACAAUGGAGGAAUACUGGCAGUUGAUACAUUUUUUUAUAUUGGUGGUUUCCUAGUCGCAUACUUGUAUGUAAAAAAAGACAUGAGCAAGAAUAUAAGUAAACCGAAUGAUUAUUUAAAUACAAUAAAAUUAUAUUUUAUCGUUCUCCUGAAAAGGUUUAUUAG